CUGGGGCCGCCGGCCGGGGCGCUGGCCGCACUCGACGCCGGACCGGGAUCCCGCCGCCGCCGCCAUGUCCCACCAGACGGGCAUCCAAGCAAGUGAGGAUGUUAAAGAGAUGUUUGCCAGAGCCAGAAAUGGCAAGUACAGACUUCUGAAGAUCUCUAUUGAGAAUGAGCAGCUUGUGAUCGGCUCGUCUCGCCAGCCUUCAGACUCCUGGGAUGAGGACUAUGACCCGUUUGUCCUGCCCCUGUUGGAGGACAAGCAGCCGUGCUACAUUCUCUUCAGGUUAGACUCCCAGAAUGCCCAGGGAUAUGAGUGGGUAUUCAUCGCGUGGUCUCCAGAUCAUUCGCAUGUUCGUCAAAAAAUGUUGUAUGCAGCAACAAGAGCAACUCUGAAAAAGGAAUUUGGAGGUGGCCACAUCAAAGAUGAAGUGUUUGGGACAGUGAAGGAAGAUGUGUCCUUACAUGGAUAUAAGAAAUACUUGAUAUCCCAGUCGUCUCCUGCCCCCCUGACUGCAGCUGAGGAAGAAUUACGGCAGAUCAAAAUCCAUGAGAACCCAGAGGACUGUAUUGGAGUGCAGACUGACGUGGGCGUGGACACCAAGCAUCAGACACUGCAGGGAGUAGCGUUUCCUAUUUCUCGAGAAGCCUAUCAGGCUUUGGAGAAGCUGAACACCAGGCAGCUCAACUAUGUGCAGUUGGAAAUAGAUAUAAAAAAUGAAAUUAUAGUUUUGGCCAACACAACAAAUACAGAACUAAAAGAUUUGCCAAAGAGGAUUCCCAAGGACUCAGCGCGCUACCAUUUCUUCCUGUAUAAACAUUCUCACGAAGGAGACUAUCUCGAGUCCAUCGUUUUUAUUUACUCAAUGCCUGGAUACACAUGCAGUAUAAGAGAACGGAUGCUGUAUUCCAGCUGCAAGAGCCCCCUGCUGGAAAUUGUAGAAAGACAACUGCAAAUGGAUGUAAUAAGAAAGAUGGAAAUAGACAAUGGGGACGAGCUGACUGCGGACUUCCUGUAUGAAGAAGUGCACCCCAAGCAGCACGCGCACAAGCAGAGUUUUCCAAAGCCAAAAGGUCCUGCAGGAAAAAGAGGCAUCCGAAGACUGAUUCGGGGUCCAGCUGAAACGGAAGCCACCGCUGAUUAAAAAUUGUUGCAUUAAACAUUGCAAUACUAGUUUUUUGAAAGUCCAGCAUUUAGUACAGGAGAACUGAAAUCAUUCCAUGUUGCUAUAUAGUAGGGGGAAAUUAUACUUUUUGAAAAAUGGCACUUUUCACUUUGGUGUGUUUUUAAAAUCAAUGUUAUAGAAGACUCAUGAUUUCUAUUUUUGAGUUCAGAUUAGAAAAGGGUUCAACAUGGUAAUGUUUGAUUUUGUCACAUUGUUUUCAAUGAGUGUUGAUUCCACAGUUUCACAUAAUUCUUAGUUUAUGGAAUUGGGCCAGCUCCAGAGAAGUCUAAUGUGUUAACAUAAGGCAUAGUUCUUACCAGCCUUUCAUGCAUCACUGAAGCAAGAGCGAGCUGCCUAGCGCACACUCCCUGGCUGGAUGGCUUCACAGCCUGGGCUCCAGGCCGUGUGGUCAGGCUGGUGUCGUGCCCGAGGCUGUGGGGACGGAGUCCCUUCUUCCUCACUUUUUUUUUUAAUGGCAUGAACCUUCAGAUCGGCUCACUCAAACUUAAGGGUACCAGGCUGUACUCUUUUCUGCAGGAUUUCUGAAGAUCUUAGGAAAUUCUGGUGCUUCAAAAAUUUUCAUUUCCAAAGUCAUUUCAUUGAGUGCUGUGAGGCCAGAUAUGUAUGUUCAGGUUGAAAUUUAAAUAGCUUUCUACAAGAAAGCAAACUAAAUUUAAAAAAAUAAUGAAAAUGUUAAAAUAUUAAGAUUGUUGGGUUUCCAUAUGGAAAAUCUGUUUUUGUAAAAAAAAUGUCUUGAAUUCCCUCUUUAUUUAAAGACGUGUUCUUUCGAGGAAAUACUCAGAUUUAAAAUUGUUCUAAAGUCCUACUGCUCAUUAGCCUCACAGAUCCACACCAGUCUUAGGAAUGCUCUCAGUGAAUACACUAUCUCAGAAUACACUCAAGUGUUUGCUAAAGCUUUGCAUUUUUGGUUAUAAACUAGAAAGAUUGUGAGCCUCAUCUUUGAUACUUGAAGUCCAGGGGGCGUGAGCACUUGCUGGGAGCCUGUGUAACUGCUGCAGAGCCAGGGCGGUGAGGCGGCUUGAGUCACCUGUGGGCAGCCAGGGCUUGGACUUGAUUUUGAUCUAAACUUGAUGCUGCAAAAACAAGUAUCAGAAAUGCACAUUUCAUACUGCGAAAUAUGAUGCACUCAUUUCUAAACCUUACUGUCUAAGGUAAUAUAUGCACCUUUCAGAAAUUCAGUGUGCGAUGAAGCAUAUUAGAAUAAUUAUGGGUUGAUAGAUUAUUUUAUUAGCAUUAAGAGUGUGUGGGGUUUUUGUUUACAGAUAAUCAGACUAGUAAUUGACUCUAGCAUUGCACUUGUUUGCUGCAGGUAGCCUUUAAGUUGCUCCGUGGGUGCCCACACUGGCACUCACACACAGUCAUGUUAGGAAAGGAGAAGCUGUGUCGUCAGUCCAGCAACUGAGGCCGGAAGCCUGUGGCUGGCUGACCGACUAAACCCAUGAAUGUUUUCUGGACCAUCCAUGUGCAAUUGUACUUUAGAUUCCCACUACACUACGUCAAAGUAAUGGACAUUCCAGAAUAUAGAUGUGAUUAUAUAAUCUUAAGUAUUAUGACACCAAUGAUUGCUAAAAGCAGUGAGUAUAACUCAUUGUUUACAGUCUGUUUUCGGUGGCACUAGACGGAGAAUAACAUUCCCAGUACUAAGUUUAUAGCAGUGGAGAGUUAAAUGCCUUCUGUGGAUGUUUUAUAAGUGCUUUUUAUAUCACAAUAAAAAUUUUCCUGUUUAA